AUGGGCAUAGUGCAGCCGGAUUUCCGCCAGUUCACAAAGGUGGGAUACGAGGGACGAUUGUCUGUGGUUUCUGAAUCACAAGUACAUCAAGAUGGGUUCCAAAGAUAUCUGGUCCAGUUCACCUCCGGCGAGCUGAGCCGAGCCGAUGGUGUUGGCUUUGUCUUCUCCCAACGUCUGCCCUGUGCCAAGAACAUCCAGAGAAUAGUCUCAAUAUUUGUGAAUCAGCGAGGACGUAUUUGCAUGCGAGCUUUUGCGGAGCUCGAGAGGGCGUCCGCUUUCGUGAAACCGCUGGAACUUGGAGACUGUGUGGAAAUGGCAAUCGACCUGACAAACCAGGUCUGCUGCUUCAACAUCUGGGAAUGUACAGAUUCUGGCUGGCCAGAUUUGACCGGGAAGCCAGCUUCCAGCGCGGAGCUGAACUUCGGUGCCAGGAUGAGCAGCCUCAGUCAGGCAGGGCGCAGGGCAACUGCUGCACCGCUAGCGUUGUGCGAAGUCCUCGUCAACCACGCGGACGGUGCGCGAGCUGCAGCUGGCUUGGCUCGAAUCUCGAGGGUGCCGGCAACUCGUCGGAGGAUCGUGAUGAGCCCGAUGCAGAUGCACGGCGUGUAA